GAAAUCCUUGACUUCAGCUUCAACAUGCUCCCAUCCCUCCAGAAUUCAACCUUCUCUGGGCUGGAGUCUCUUCUCUACUUGGACCUGACGAGGGAAGCUACCAGCUGCACUUACAGAUGACUGCUGAGUUAUUUUGCUAAGCAGGUUGAUCUCCUUGAGCAACAUCCAGGCUUCUCCUCCAGUAACAGUCAUCUGCUGGGCAGUGGUGAAAUGUGUAUUUUCCAUAUAUACUGUUGCAAUACCAGUAAAGUCAUGAGAACAGGUGUUUUUUUGUUUUGUUUUGUUAUUUUUGUUGUCGCUGUUGUUGCUUUUGUGUGUGUGCGUACUUUUUCUAAAAAUUCUUCCCUAAAGCCCAGGGAAAGACAAGUUUGGUCCUUGUAAGUGCCCAACAUUUUCUAUCAAAAAGAGAUAUUCAUUUGCAGAUUCCUACUUAGGUCACUACACUUAAAUGUGAGCUUAGAAAUACCAGGCAAGCAUCACUGAAAAGGAAGGACACUGUAUCCCACUGAAGACAAUUGGUCAUGACUCUAUACAUACAUGAUAUGCAGCCUGGGAUAUCACUUGUUAUGUGAGGGCUUUACAGUACAGCCGGUGAUGCUGGUUUCUAUUGCCCUUUCAAGGUGUCAGAUCAACUGGGUGUAUGAAGAUGCCUUCCACAACAACAGGCGGUUGCAGACCAUUGUGCUGACUGGAAAUCUGCUCAUGUUCCUAUCUGACACAGCGUUUGCUGGUCCUCAGUCCCUGAGGGAACUUGUAUUAACACAGACAGGAAUAAGCACAAUAUCCUUUAUUCCAAUGACAAAUCUGGACAGGUUGGACACCCUCAUCUUGGGCAGCAACCACAUCUCUUCAUUGCAGCUCCCUCCCAAUUUUCCAACUAAAAACCUCAAACAUCUUGACUUUCAAAUGAACCAUAUAAAAGUAAUCACAGCAGAAGACGUCAGCAUUUUGCAGAAGACCAGUAAUAUGACUCUUAUACUUAAAGGCAAUGACAUUUUACACAUUGAACCUGGAGCUCUCCAAUCCCACUUUUACAGCUUGGACUUUGGGGGCUGUGCUGACAUCCCUGGGGUUCUUGCAGGAAUACAGAACUCCACUACUGAGAUCCUUUGGCUGGGAACAUUCAGUGAUGUGGAGAAGAAGCCUGACAUAACUCCAGGAGUUUUAGAAGGCCUCUGCAACAUUUCUGUCAAGGAUCUCUAUCUGCAACUACAGCAUUUUGAAAACCUAAAUGCUGCCACGUUUCGCUGUCUGACGAGGCUCCGAAAGUUGGACCUAACCCACACCCACAUCAGUGCUUUACCACCCGGAAUCAGUGGGAUGAGUUCACUCAGGGAGCUAGUGCUCAGCAUCAACUCCUUCCAGCACCUCUGCAACAUCAGCUCUGCCGCCUUCCCAUCCCUCACCCAUCUCGACGUCAAAGGGAACCUGCAGGCACUGCAGCUGGGCUCUGGCUGCUUGGAAGGUCUGGCAGAGCUUCGGUAUCUUGAUUUAAGUCACAGUCAUGUUGAAAGCCUUGACUGCUGCAGCAAAGCACUAAAUGGCUUGAGCAGCCUUCAGUACCUAAAUUUGAGCCACAACACAAAGCUCCAUAUCCAAGAUAUGUUUUUCAAGGACGGUACAAGCCUGAAGUUGCUAGACAUAGCUUUCACUCAUCUUCACAUUGCCACUUCACAGGGUCCCUUCCGGAAUCUUCAUCUCUUACAAGUCCUGAACCUUUCCUCUUCCUACAUUAAUACCAGCAUUCAACAUCUCUUUCAGGGCCUGGAAAAUCUCAUGCUCUUGGACCUUAGUCAAAACACUUUUGAGUCAGGGAUCAUGCUCGAGGACAAACUGUUUCAACAGCUAUCCAACUUAGAGGUGCUAAUUUUAUCAUCCUGUGAACUGACAGCAGUGAACCACCAAGCCUUCCACAGCCUUGGGAAGUUACGGCACGUUGAUCUGAGCCACAAUAAGUUCACUGCAUUCAGUAUAGGUGUAUUUUCAAAACUCAAAAGCAUCUACCUCAACUUUGCCUACAACAGGAUCCGUAUUGUACCACGUGACCAGCUAGAGUCCCUGCCUGGCCGCAGUGUAAUCAAUCUGAGUUACAACCCCCUGGAAUGCACCUGUUCCAACAUUGAUUUCAUCACCUGGUACAGGCAGCAUCUGGAUAAAAUUGAAGACUCCAAAGGAACAACAUGUUCUGAACCCAAAUCACUAGCUGGGGCUCCGUUAGCUACAACCUCACUCUCAUGUGGGAUCAGCACUGCGGGAAUCAUUGCAGCUGUCCUAGUUGUUUUGUGCUGUGUUGCGAUCUCUAUUUGGGGUGCUCACUAUUUCAAGCAAAAUUAUCAGCAAAUCUGAGUUUAUUGCGAGUACACAGUGCAAAUAGUUGUACAGCAAGGGGAUUAGGAUGUAAGACAACUUAUCGCUUUUGCUUGUGGCCUGUAUUUCAUGUAACCAUCGUAACACUCUUUCUAUUUUCAUUAUAUUUUUUAGAAAAAGAAUAAAGUGUCUUUUAUGGGACCUGGAAAAUAAACUGUGACCUGAGUUUUUAACAUCAAUUAACUUCUUUUAAAGAUACUCCCCAGUUCAUCUCCAUGCUAGUAUUGCUGUCACAGCCAAUAGGGCUAAUGCACCCAUAGAAGGAAGAUCCAAGAGCUGAAUCACAAAGCAUGGUUCUCUUGAAAAUACCAUCAAAAAGAUAUAAAAGAAUCCACAGCACCCCCAACAAAACAACAACAGAUCUCUCACCCUUCUCACUCCCAAUCAAAUGAUCUUGAGGAACAGUGGUUUUUGUUGGCAGUACUGUAUGUUGCUCAAUUAAAACAAAAAACACAAAUUUCUGUGGUGGACUGGAGCAACAUUCAUAUAAUCUCAAGAUGACCCUGGCAGGGCAGAACUAAUGUCCUGUAUCACGCUUCUCUUUAAAUUCUGAUCGUAAAAGUAUGUGUGUUUGGCCAAGCGGAAGCAGCUGCCACCUGCUCACUAAGCCUUUCUCAUCACAUUACCUUUAGCACUCCUUAGCUUUACUGUCCGUCCCAUGGCAGUGCACAGGCACGGCCUGACGCCUGUCCCCAGGCAGAGCCAUGCGUGGCCUCGCUCUGACCACAGCAGGCUCCAAAUUGCAUUUGGCCAGAUGCUGCGGUCACCCGGAGAGGUGGAAGCUGAGCUCACUUUGAACAUUUGCACUGGGAACAACAAACUCAGUUUCAGCUCCAGUCCCAAAAGCAUUCCUCUGAAAUCUUACACCCAUCUUUCCAUGGACACUUGCACGUUCUGGGCACCAGCAGGCCUCUCCUCACAGCUCUGUGUUGUUUACAGGCAUUCCCCGCUACUGCUGACCUGCUGCCAGUGCAUAGGCAGGCACUUCCUGAAAGACUGACCCAAACCAGGCUGCUGCCAGAGGACAAUUCAGCCUCUACGGAGAGCCAGGCAGCCCAGGAUUCAAGGCAGCUUUUCCUGUCUUCUGUAAAUUGGACUGGUUAAACAAGUCAGCACCAGUAAUUGCUCUGACAAUCCAGCAUGAAUGCCAGUUGGGCUCUCCUCAGGUGAGGCCUACUGCUUCUGUUAUUUCCCUCCUGCAUUUCUGGGUUCAGGAAAGCAACAGACAAAUAGUGGAGCAAAUAGAGCAUAAUGUGAUUCAUAGCCUGGAAUAGGUGCUAAAAAAACACUGCAACCAUCAGGAAUGGACUGCAGAUCUGCAAAUAUCAGUGACUUAAAGAGAAAACUGCAUGUUGAGCUGAUAUUCACUUUCUGAUUAUGUCAUCAGCUGGAAAGAGGAAGAGAGGAGUUAAGCUUUGCCUGUUUCUGAAAUACUACCCAUCAUGGGUUAGCCUCACUUCUGGACUUGUUAGUUAGAACUUGAAGCUGACUGGAAAGGCAAAACAGUGAAUGUGUUCAUGUGCAAGAUGGGUGAGUAAACCCACUAUUUUGGACUUCUGCAGGGCAGACUUUGGGCUGAGUAGGAUGUUGGUUGGGGGAGUUCCUUGGGAGAUAGUCUUGAGGGCAGAAGGUCCAGGAAGUCCAGAAAGGCUGGGUAUUCCUGUGGAAGGAUAUCUUAAAGAUGCAGGAGUAGGCCAUCCCAAUAUGCUGUAAGAUGAGCUGACAGAAAGACCAGCCUGGCUCAACAGGGAGCUACUAAGACUCGGGGUGAAAAAGAGUGUUACCACCUUGAAAGAAGAGGCAGACAACUUGGGAAGAGUACAAGGAUAUUGCUAGGUUAUGCAGAGAGAAAAUUAGGUGAAAGUAAACUACCUGACCACCACUGUAAAAGAUUAAAAAAAAAUGUUUUUACAAAUACAUUAACAGCAAAAGGAGGGCCAAAGAGAAUCUCCAUCCUUUAUUGGAUACAGAGGGGAACACUGCCAUCAAAGGCGAGAAAAAGGCUGAAGUACUCCAAGUCUUCUUUGCUUAUGUGCCUGCAGUGCACUGAGUUGGUCUCAGGAAAAAAAAAAAGACCAUCCACUCACAAGGACAACAGGGAAGUGCCUGAAGUUACAGGAGUGAAAACAGCUCAAGAGAUAAUACCAACGAAACAGUAUUUCAUGCUGAAUUUUUAUUUCAAUGUUAUGCAACUGCAUAAGUAUAAAUAAUUGUGUUCAAUAUACAACAAUUAUGACAUCCAUAAGGAGUUUCUUAGAGAAAAUAAGACUGCAAACACUUUAUUGCACAGACCCUAACAUUUUUUUUCUUUCUUUUUUUUUUUUUUUUGUUUUGUUUUCUCUCUCUCUCUUUUUUUUUUUUCUGGAAGCUGAGCAAUCUACAGCAGGAAGUCUACAAAGGAGCACACCAAAACUACAAUCACAAAAAGACUGACCCAAGCAGCACACAGGUAGAAGGAUCUCUAACAGCUCACUGAUAGGUAACACCAACAAACAGUACUACAUAAACACAAGCUUAUGCACUGUUACACUUCCAAAAUGCAAACUCAUUUGUCAGAAGUUAUAAUGAGCUAUACAAAAUAUACAUAAAGGUAUACUGUAAACAAAUAACUAGAUGUGCUUUAAAGGAAACAAGAGGAUAGUUUAAAAAUGCAGAAGACUGUAAACUAGGAAAUACCUCCCAGACAGAAAUGUUAUAUCGAAGUGCAUUAGCAUUUGUUUGUAUUAAUUGCCAAAGCACAGGUGAACUGUAAAUGUUGAGACCAUUUUCUCUUCAAAGCUGCUCAAAAUUACUACCCAUUGCUAACUAGCUCCUCUGUGAAUGCAUAAAAGGCAGUACGAAUAUUCUGGUGCCUCAUAAAAAAAUCAGAAACUAGUUUGUGAUUUCAUCUUUCCAUAGCAAGUCUGCUGUAAUCCAACUUAACUAGUGUAAUAAAGCAUUUCCCAGGGGGAAAUGAAUUCUGCACACUGUCAGUUGUCACACAAACCUCUAAGUCAAGAUUAUACUGUGCUUUUAAGAACAAGUUUCUAGCUUUUGAGACAGAAAGACAAUCCGUAAGCCUCAAUGAAACAGCUAGGGGCCUAGCUCUAGUUUAGCUACAUGAACAGAAAUAAGCAAACCCCCACUCUGUUGAUCCCAAACACUUAAAAACACGCAUCAACAAGCAUAUUCUGUAGUGCUCUUGUACAUGUUUCAAACUCUAUCUUUCAUCCUUCAAAACUGAAUACCUCCACGCUAAAAUGAUCAAAAUCUACAUGUUCCACAGUAUACAAAAUUUAAAUAAGGCUUAGCAAAAGUAAAAGGACAGUCACAGUCUAGCACCAAAUAGCUCCAACAGGUUCCUUUGAUACACAAUGUUUCUUUUAUAAUUACAUUUACUUUUUUUGCAUAUAAAUAAAAAGAUUAUGUUAUGAAAUGUAUGGAGCUACUCAAUGCAUUUAGAAAUGAACAUGAAACCAAGAAUUACUUGCUAAAAAAGCAAGUUAAAGUCUACAACAUAAGGCCCCAGCUAUGUAUUAAAAUGUAUCUGAUAUCCUAAAUUUUUUUUUGACAAUGGAACUGAUUUUUUUUUUUCCUUCUUACCUUAAUAGCCAUAAAAUAGAAAAAAAAAGCUACAGCUAAUUAUGCAGACCUAUAUGCUAUGAUAAAAUGUAUUCUCUAAAUUAAUUAAGAAAAACUAGGGAUGAACACAAUAGUCCUGGAAGUCAUGUGCUUGUAACUUGUGCCUCAAACUGUAAGGGCCUGAAUUUAAAACUAGCUCAAGGAAACAAAGAGAGGAUUGCAGCAGAAA